AUGCCCAAAACUAAGGAAACCAUGUUCCAGAAUAACCCCAGUGAAGCAGAAAGGGAAGCCCACAAGCCUAGAACAUCAGGGAAGAGCCAAGAAAACAAUGACAUCUGUUUAGAUGACCACUGUCAUGAGAGCCAACCUGAAGUACUUCCCAUCACAAGUCUCAUAGAGGUGGUUAAUGAAGUCUCAAAGCUUAGCAUUGCUCAUGAAAUUGUGGUAAACCAAGAUUUUUAUAUGGAAGAGAGUGUUUUACCACCCAACAGUCUGGAAGGCAGGUUCAUGGAGACGAUGUAUAAUGCUUUUUGGGACCAUCUGAAAGAGCAGCUAUCAAGUACUCCUCCUGACUUCACAUGUGUUCUUGAACUUCUAAAAGUAGUUAAAGAGAUUCUUCUGUCACUGCUGUUACCACGCCAGACUCGUCUAAGAAAAGAGAUUCAAGAUGCCUUGGACAUAGACCUUCUCACACAAGAAGCAGAGCACGGGGCCCUGGAUGUCCCUCACCUGUCUGACUACAUUCUCAGUUUGAUGAGCAUGCUGUGUGCACCAGUGAGAGAUGAGGCUGUGCAGAAUCUAGAAAGCAUAACAGAUCCUGUGCAGUUGCUGAGAGGUAUCUUCCGUGUUCUGGGCCUGAUGAGAAUGGACAUGGUGAACUAUACAAUCCAGAGCCUUCGACCCUAUCUCCAAGAAAAUUCCAUCCAUUAUGAAAGAGCUAAAUUUCAGGAGCUCCUUGACAAGCAGCCUAAUCUUCUUGAUUGCACUAUUAAAUGGCUAACCAAAGCAGCAGCAGACCUCACUGCAAAAUCUCUGAGUUCUCUGGACUCUCUCACUUUCAACAUGACCUGUUCGCAUCCAUGUCAGGAGGCUCACAGCUCAGAGUGUCUUACUCCCACAAUGAUACUAUACCAAGGUUACCUAAACAUUCUUGUCUGUGACUCUAAAAAUGAAGAGUUCCCUGAGACACUGAUGAUGGACAAAAUACGGCUGCAGGAAAUGGAGUCUCAAUUGCAUCAGUUAGCCAUCUUGGCCUCAGUCUUGUUAGUGGCCAGAAGUUUCUCUGGUAAUGCUUUAUUCAGCUCCCCUGAAUUUGUCCAUAAAAUGAAAUGCAUAACCAAGACCCUAACAGAGGAAUUUAACUCCAGGCCUGAUGAAGUUAUGCUGAAUGUGAGUGAAAAAGUGUCUCAGGAAAUCCAUGAUGGCCUCAGAAGCAUGGGCCUCAAAGUUCUGAGCAAUGAAAACAAAGCAUCUCUUAUAGGACAACUCCAGAACAUUGCCAAGAAAGACAACUGUGUUCGUAAAGUCAUUGAUCGACGAAUUCGUUUGUUCCUCAAAUGCUGUUUAGUUCGCAGCAUGCAGGAGUCUCUACUAGACUUCCCCAGAGGCUUAAUUCUCAUUGAAGGGGAGCUGACAGAGCUAGGUUGGAAGUUUGUCAAUCUGAUGCAUCACAAUCAACAGGUAUUUAGCCCCUACUAUGAAGACAUCCUGGAAAAUAUCAUCAAUCCAGCUGAAGCAUGUAAAAAAGAAGCAAAAUCUACUUAA